UCCGGGGCGCGGGGGUUGCUAAGGGAGGGGCUUGUUGCUAAGGGCGGGGCCGACGCGGUGGGCGGGGCUGGCUGCCGGGGGCGGGGCCCCGCCGUUCCCGGGGUUCCCGGUGCGGGCUCGGUACCGGCGCUCGGAGCCCCAAUUCCCGCUCCGGUUUUGGGGGCGGGGCCUCGUUCCCAAACCACUCCCGGGGGCGGGGCCGCUCCGGUCCCGCCGUUCCCGAGCGGCGGGAGGCGUUGCCGUGGGGUGUGGCCUGUUGCUAUGGGCGUGGCUUCGCCAGCACCGCCCCCGAUCGGGGCGCGGCCUCUCCUCCGUUCCCUCCCGGAAGUACCGGGGGUUCUGUUCCGGUUUCGGCGGCGCUUCCGGCGGAAGGGACGUGGCAGUGACGUCAGCGCGCCCGGAGGCUCCCGGUGGCGGCGUCCGGCCCGGCCGAGCCCGCGGCGCAGGCGAUGAGCCCCGAUGCAGGCGCGCCGCCGGCUCGGGCCUAGGCAGCGGGAACCGGGCGAGCCCCCGGGGCCCCCCCGGACCGCGGCCCUGCCCCCCCCGGAGCCCCCGCCCGCCGACGUCAUGUCGUGUCGCGACAGGACCCAGGAGUUCCUCUUCGCCUGCAAAUCGCUGCAGGGCCGGCAGGACGGGGGGCUCCAGGCGGGCCGAGGCGGCCCCGGGCCCGGGCGGCAGCGCAGCGAGUUCAGCCUGAUGGCCAAGCGCAUCGGGAAGGAUCUGAGCAACACCUUUGCCAAGCUGGAGAAGCUGACCAUCCUGGCCAAGCGCAAAUCCCUGUUCGACGACAAAUCCGUGGAGAUCGAGGAGCUCACCUACAUCAUCAAACAGGACAUCGGCAGCCUGAGCGGGCAGCUGGCGCGGCUGCGGGAGCUGCUGCGGGCGCGGGGGGGCCCGCCCGGGCGCCACCCCCACAGCCACUCCAACAGCGUCCUGCUGGGCCUGCAGUCCAAGCUGGCCUCGAUGUCCAACGACUUCAAAUCCGUGCUGGAGGUGCGGACGGAGAACCUGAAGCAGCAGCGCAGCCGACGGGAACAUUUCUCCCGCGCCCCCGUCUCCGCCCUGGCCGCCAACAACCUCAGCAGCCCGGCCGUGCUCCAGGCCGAGCCGCAGCGCUCGGGGGCCGUGGCCAUCGACAUGGACAGCAGGACGAGCCAGCAGCUGCAGCUGCUGGAUGAGCAGGACUCGUACAUCCAGAGCCGGGCUGACACCAUGCAGAACAUCGAGUCCACCAUCGUGGAGCUGGGCUCCAUCUUCCAGCAGCUCGCACACAUGGUCAAGGAGCAGGAGGAGACCAUCCAGAGGAUCGACUCGGGCGUGGAGGACGCUCAGCUCAACGUGGAGGCGGCUCACGGCGAGAUCCUCAAAUAUUUCCAGUCGGUCUCGUCCAACCGCUGGCUGCUGCUCAAGAUCUUCCUCAUCCUCAUCGUCUUCUUCAUCGUCUUCGUCGUCUUCCUGGCCUGAGACGGCUCCUCCGGGCCCCAAAUUCCCGCUCGGACUCGGCCCCGCGGGGCUCGCGCACGGACACGGGGCUGGGACCCCCAGAUCCCCCCUGGGACCCCCCAAAACCCCCCCUGGGACCCCAGAACCCCACUGGGACCCCAAAAACCCCUCUGGGAGGUCCCAAAAACGCCCUGGGACCCCCCAAAAACCCCCCUGGGACCCCAGAUCCCCCCCCCCCGGGACUCCCCAAACCUCCCGGGAGUUCCCAAAAACCCCCCAGGACCCCCCAAAAACCCCCCUGGGAGCUCCCAAACCCCCCCCUGGGACCCCAAAACCUCCCAGGACCCCAAAACCCCUCAGGCCCCCCCUUUUCCCUUCCUUGGGGGGGGGUUGGGGAUCCUGGAACUGCUCUGAGCCCCCUCCCCAUGGACCACGGGAGCCCCAAAAAGGGGCUGGGGACCCCCACAGAGCCUGGGACCCCCCAAAAAGGGGUUGGGGAGGGAGGAGACACCCCAGGAGAUCUGGGGUGGGGGGGCUGCAGGACCCUCCCCUGGGGGAUGGAGACCCCAAUGGAAGCUGUGAGACCCCCGGGGUGGGGUGGGGGGGGAGCUGUGAACCCCACGGACAUUUGGGGGGUGCGGGACCCCCGUGGGAGCCCCGGGACCCCCAAAAAGGGGGGGGGUGGAGCUCGACACAAAGCCUGGGGGGGCCGUGGGACCCCCUCGGGUCUCCUUCAGCCCCCGGUCAGAGCCUUGGGACCCCGUUCAAGCGCUCGGGGUCCCUCCGGGGGGGCGCAGACCCCCAAAAGGGGCUGCAGGACCCCAUUUCCGACCCCCUUGAAUUACCGGGGGGGGGGGGGCUGCAGGACCCCCGUGGGAACAGAAGCCCCCCGGUGAAGCCUUGGGACCGCCAGGAAGGGGUCUGGGGGCUGGCCUGAAGCCCGCGGGGAGCCUUUGGGGCGGCUGCAGCCCCCCCCGAGCCCCCCAAUAAACCCUGCGCCCCCCCA